CCAUUUCCGGCAGCGGGCGUUGCUAAGCAACAGUUCGGCGACGCCAUUGUCCGGACUCUAGGAGGACGGAGGAGCCCUUUCUCUCUGAGGAGAUUCCCAUCUCUUGGACAAAGAGAUGGCAGUAAAAGGAUCAAUACUUGGGCCUCCUAUUGGGAGAGUGAACCCCUCCUAGAGCUUACUCAGAAUCUUAUCAUGGAACAAUAUCAUGUGUUGGAGAUGAUUGGAGAAGGCUCUUUUGGAAGGGUAUAUAAGGGACGUCGCAAAUACACCACAAAGAUUGUGGCUUUGAAGUUUAUCCCCAAAGUGGGUCGGUCACAGAAAGAGCUGAAGAAUUUGCAGCGAGAAAUUGAGAUAAUGAGGGGCCUUCAUCAUCCCAAUAUUGUCCAGAUGCUUGACAGUUUUGAGACUGAUAAAGAGGUGGUGGUAGUGACAGAUUAUGCUGAAGGGGAACUCUUUCAGAUCCUUGAAGAUGAUGGGAACUUGCCUGAGGAGCAGGUUCAGAUUAUUGCCUCUCAGUUGGUGUCAGCACUCUAUUACCUACACUCCCAUCGGAUCCUCCACCGUGACAUGAAACCUCAAAACAUCUUACUGGGAAAAGGAGGUGUAAUCAAACUCUGUGACUUUGGGUUUGCCCGUGCAAUGAGUAUUCACACCAUGGUACUGACAUCUAUCAAAGGAACACCACUAUAUAUGUCCCCCGAGUUAGUAGAGGAGAAGCCAUAUGACCACACAGCUGACUUGUGGUCAGUGGGAUGCAUCCUGUAUGAAUUGUAUGUGGGGACUCCCCCCUUCUACACUAACAGCAUCUUCCAGUUGGUCAGCCUGAUCAUCAAGGAUCCUGUCAAGUGGCCAAAAAAUAUGAGCCUGCACUUCAAGAGCUUUUUGCAAGGUCUGCUGAUGAAAAACCCUCAUGAACGUCUGUCCUGGCCAGAGCUGCUCUAUCAUCCCUUCAUUGCUGGGAAAGUCACUGUGAUUGAUGACACAGUAGAUCAAGGCAUAGUGAACCCCUUCACCAGCAAAUUGCCCCCUGAUUUGCAGGCCUUGAAGGAGCAGCAGGCACAUUCACUUACCCCUCCAAGUGGGCAGUCUAAAAUCUUGAGGAAGGCACGGCAGAAGAUGGCCCAGGAAGCGCGGCGAAAGGAGAUGGGGAAACCCAAGGCUUCACUUAAGGGAGAAGUUUCCAAAGAGAGUGAAACCUACUCACGUAAGGCUUGCCUUGCUCAGACAGAUAGUAGCAGACAGCAUCAAAAACUUCCUGGCAUGGAAGAGCACCUUGCUUUAGGAGAAAAGGAAACAGAAUGGGAGCAAAAAGAACCAUCCUCCAAGCUUCAAGAGAACUGGAUCACACAGGAUUAUGAACGCGAAUUCCAAGAAAUGAAGCCUGAAAGUUGCAGAAUAAAGACCCGAGGCAGACGCAGCAUUGAUACUGUUGAUCUGGAAACUGAGGAGAUGGAUAGUGAUGAAGAAUGGCAACACUUCAUAGAUGCCACAAAUUCUACACAUGUGCACCUCAGUGCCCCACUGAGCCUUCUGGGAGAUCCUGCAUUUGUUCAGCGGAUCAGGGUCCGGCUCAAGGAUUCUGGUCAACAGGUCCUGGAGGGAAUGCUAGAGGGAGCAUCCCAUCUUCGUCCUGCUCUUCAUGUCAUCAGUAACUUGUUAGGAACUUGCUGUGACUCUGACCUGCUCUGCUCCUUCUGCAAUGACAUAGGACUGCCCCAGUUUCUCAUGCAACUAGUGGAGAGCAUCCUGAAGAGCUUCAAUAUCAAACAGCAGCCCUGGCACAUCACUCUACUGACUGACUUAAUGGCUGUGAUGACCGUUUUCUUUGCCAGUGAUUUCAACCGAGAGAAAGAUGGAAAAAAGCAAAGUUUGCAGGCAUUCCAGAGCUCUGCUAAUCACUUCCUCACUCUGUUACCAGCAUUGCUGGCUCAGCCCACAGAUCAAGAGGGCAGGCUGCGGGAACAAAGCCUUGUGUGCUUCACUCAUUUGUGUCAGAGUAUGGAUAAUGCCUGCCCUUCCAUCUCCAUCCCCUUCUAUACCAGCUUGCUUGAGAACCAUUGCCCUCUGCUGGACACACUCUGCCAUGGUGUCAGUUGUGAGCAAAUCAUCCAGGAAGUGCCCCCCAAAGAAGCAAGGUCAAAGCAGCACUGGAAUGAGCUCAUGGGAGCUGCCUUUGCAAAAGCCCUGGCUGCAUCUUGUGUCAUCCCUGGAAGGCACACCGUUUGUCAAAAGGCAAAAAAGAAGAUCUCCCAGUACAUAGCUGAGAAGCUCACUGAGAAAGAGAACCGGCUGUUGGCAAGCUUAAUCUUAGCAGUUAAUCAUCCAGCCUCUUCUUUGCAUGGCCUAAAGGUCCUGUAUGCCUGUGGCCAUGUCAGUCAGACUCUCUGCCAUCAUUUAGCAACACCUGAAAUGCUAAACUCCCUGAUUUGUCACCUUCAAGGCAAGGUCCUACUUGAUGAAGCUGCUCAGGUGCAGACUGCUGAAGCCUCAUUGAGACUCUUCUCCUUGCUGAUGCUUCAGCUCCAGUUUCUCCCAUCACAAUCUGAUAUUGUGCUGAAUGAGACUAUGAAGCUUUUCAACUCUGGAGCAACUGCCUCUGUUUUAAGUGCUGCCGCAUUGCUACUUACAUAUUUCAUUCAGCAUGGCGCUGCUGUGAAGCUCAGGUGGGAGGAAGCCUUGACAGCUAUAGCUACUGCAUUCACAGAAUCUGCGGAGCCCUGCCUGCCACCUCCUAUGGGAGUUGGCUUCUACGAUGGCCUGCUGAUCUUACUACUGCAUGUGUUAAGUGAGGGGGAUGUAGCAAUGGUGCGGGAAUUUGCUGCUUCGGAGCUCUGGGGCAUCGUGUGGCAUCUUUUUGCUAUGGUGCUCCACAUGACCACUCAAGAGCCAAUGCUAGAAGGAGAGACUUCUGGAGCUGGCCAACAUGCACCAGAGCCAGACUGGGACCUCAUUUCACCUCAAGGAACCCCGUUCUUCCUCAGCUUAACACUCUUUGUCUUCACAUGUGAGCCCCACCAGUGUCUUCUCCAGAUGGCCCAGCCCAAUGGGCUUAUCAUGGCAGUUUUGAACAAGCUGCUGGACCCAGAUUUCCUAGAGUGCUUGGCCCAAAUGCAGUUGCACGAGGAUGGUGAUUUAGAGUUAGUGACAACUACUGUGCUCCAAGUCUGCCAAGUCUUUUGUUUCGCAUUUGCUAUGGAUAUGGACCCUGAAAUUUUAGAACAAAUUCUGACUAAUAUGAAGGGCUCUGAAAUCCCUGCCCAGUUGUUACAGGUUUGCAUUCACCAUCUUCCUUGUACGGAAACUGAGCUGCCAUUGAGUCUGCUCUGCCGCUUGGUGCUGAGUGAUGAGGAGAUCAUUGAGCAGGUGGUGGGAGCAGCCACCUCACAAGAUGCCAUUGAUUUCUUGUCAUCUAUUUUCCUAUCAGACCAAGUACACCUACUUGCAGACUUGCUCACCCUCCUCACACAUAUAGCCCGGGCCAGUCCAUCUCACCUGCCUUUUCUAGAGAAACUUCUCUCUGGCUCCACCUCCCAGGCACUGAGCCAUCUUCUGGGCCAUUCGGAGUGCCUGGUCCGUGCCAGAACCUGCAGCCUUGUGGGCAAUCUUCUGCGCCAUGGACAGGAAUUUCCUCACAUUCUACAGGGUCAGGUUGGGCUGCUGAAAUCCCUGCUGGAACGACUUUCAGAUGAUGAUAGACAUGUGCGUCGCUCUGCCAGUUUUGCUGUUGGCAAUGCAGCCUACCAAGCUGGCCCUUUUAUGCAGGACCUCAGAAAAGCAGUGCCUUGUGUAGUUCGGCUCCUGGGUGAUCCUCAAGCAAAGACCCGUUGCAAUGCGGCUUCAGCGCUGGGUAAUCUGGGUUGGCAGUCGGUGGAACUGGGGGAUUCACUGAUACAGAAUAAAGCACCCAAUAUUCUGCUGGAUGUUGCCUGCCAUGAUUCCCAGCCAGUUGUACAAAAGGCUGCCCUAAUUGCUCUCCGCUCCAUGAGCCAUCAGCCCAGGAUUCGCCAGGUGCUGGUAUCACUCAGGGCAUGUGAGAAGUUGGAAGCACUUACCCUUGACCAGUUUCAGAAUAGUGCCUAUAGCCACCCUUGGCCUUCAUCAACACAGCACUGCAAAAAAUUGAUCCAACUUCUGCAACCGUCCCAAAGUGCUUGAGGACUACAGAAAGAUUUUUUAUCUUUCCUUUGGAAAAGGUGGUCAGAAACUGCCUCCUCAAAACAGAAGGCAUUUUGUGACUUCGAAGAACUUCCCUGUUUGUUUAUUGAAGCUUUCAAAAAUUUGCUAGAACAUAGGCCUAAAAUUCUUUUGUGUUUUUAUUUUGUAUUAUGUACUUAUAAUAAAAUCAUAUUUCUUUCCUGAAAAA